AGUGAUUUUAAUUCCAUAUUUGAAAAAUGAACAGUUAAAUAACACCGGUGUGUGUCAAGUCACGUGACUCGGGUCAAAGGUAACUUCUAGCUAGUUAGCUUUCCAAGGACGCAACAUGGCAUCGUCUAAGAAGGUUUUUGAGGUGUUUGUGUCUAAAAUACCAUGGACCAUUGCAAGCAAGGACAUGAAGGAGUACUUUGGGCAGUUUGGGCAAGUCAAGAAAUGCCUACUUCCUUUUGACAAGGAGACAGGAUUCCACAGAGGCUUCUGCUGGAUCGGCUACACGUCCGAGGAAGGCCUGCACAAUGCUCUCCAGAAAGACCAACACAUGCUGGAGGGAGCCACGCUUCAAGUUCAAAGAAACAGAAAAGUGUUUGCGGGACAGAAGACCAACAAAGAGGUGUUGGAGGGACAGAAGACAAACAAAGAGGUGUUGGAGGGAUGGUGAAGGGUGUGCGUUUUGUACGAUGUUUGUGUGUAUAUGAGAGGGUGUUUUUAAAUAGAAACAGAACUUUUCUUUUUUUCAUAGUACGAUGUCUUAUUUUAUUGUAAUUUGUCAAAAGAAAGAAACAUGAUUACUGUGUCUGUUUUGCAUGUUGACAAAAUGGUUGAAGGGAGAAGUGUGUUCCUUUUGGCACCCUGUCAGUAACUACAUAUUAAGACAGACGAGAUGAGGAUAUUGGAUCUCUGUUAUUGUGCUUCGAUCAUGAUUGAUGGCUGCUUUACACAACCUCUGCAUCUGUCUGUAUUAAACUAUGACUAGGCUUAUCACUUUUCUCAGUCGGGCAUCACACUUCACUUAAUAAAAAUGACUGAUUACCAA